AUGUGGAUGAACAAGCUGUUUUUAUUCCUUCUUCCAGUUGUAGUAUGCAUGACCGUGUUCAGUACAGCUCAAACGGUUCCUUCGCAACCUACACCUGCAGAGGACCCAUCAGAUUGUUUGUCAUCGCUAGAAGUUAUCCCCGACUGCAUCCCAGAGAUAUUCCGAUCGAUAAUAAGUGGACAAAUCGGGAGUAUUGGACAUUCUUGCUGCCAUGCCUUUUUGGGUAUCAGUACCGAAUGUGUCGCUCAUGUGUUUGUAUUCGCUCCCUUCUUCCCUCCCUCUCUAAGAGAUCAUUGUUCCCGACAACAUUAG